AUGUGGACAAAAAUACGGAGCGGUCCGAGGAUCGUCCGGUACCGACCGUCUGAGGAAAGUCCAGCGUGUUUGGCCCAAUUCGACUUGGCCUUCGUGGUCCGGUACAAACCCGACGAGCAGCCGGCUCUGAGGCCGCACCACGACGCCUCCACCUUCACCAUCAACAUCGCUCUCAACCAGGUCGGCAUCGAUUACCAGCUCUGUUUACCCAACAAGCUUUUCAGUGAUUUGUGCCGGAAGGACAAAGACUGUGAGUUUUUCUUCAACUUGGACGUGGAGGUGGUCCUAAAGAACGAGGACACGCUUAAGAUCCUCAUCAGACAAAACCUGCCCGUCGUGGCGCCCAUGAUAACCCGAGUGGGACGAUUGUGGAGCAACUUCUGGGGGGCCCUCAGUGCAGACGGGUACUACGCCAGAUCCGAGGACUACGUGGACAUCGUCCAGGGACAGAGAGUGGGUGUGUGGAAUGUCCCGUACGUCUCCAGUGUUUACCUGGUGAAGGCGGAGCUCCUGCGGUCGGAGCUGAGCGACUACAACCUGUUCACCUCCCAGACCUUGGACCCCGACAUGGCCUUCUGCCACAACGUUCGCAGCAAGGGGAUCUUCAUGUUCGUGACCAACAUGGACACGUUCGGCCGCAUCCUGUCCACGGAAAACUACCAGACCAAACAUCUGCACAACGAUCUGUGGCAGAUGUUUGACAACCCCAAGGACUGGGAGGAGCGAUACAUCCACGAGAACUACACGCGCAUCAUGAAGGACAAGCUGAUUGAAAACCCCUGUCCAGAUGUUUACUGGUUCCCAGUUUUCACAGAUGUUGCCUGCAAACACCUGAUAGAAGAAAUGGAGCACUUUGGGAAGUGGUCCGGAGGCGGCAACAUGGAUACACGGAUCACGGGGGGCUACGAGAACGUCCCCACCAUCGACAUCCAUAUGAACCAGGUCCACUUCGAGAAGGAAUGGCGUAAAUUCCUGAUCGAGUACAUCGCUCCGAUAACAGAAAAGAUGUUUCCUGGCUACCACACUCAGGGCGGUGGAUGCCGGUUCCUGCGCUACGACUGCUCCAUCCAGGCCCCCCGCCGAGGCUGGGCCCUCAUGCACCCGGGCCGCCUCACCCACUACCACGAAGGCCUGCCGACCACGGCCGGGGUCCGCUACAUCGCAGUGUCCUUCGUGGAUCCUUGAACGCUGUCCUGAAACAUGGAGGUGUUCUGAACCAAAGAGGAAACGCGUCUGUCUCUGUUCUGUCGGCCGAAGCGUCACACUGGGUCUUCAUCAACUGUGCUUUAUUAUAUUUUACUGACAAAUCAGGAGGACUUUAUCCAAACGUCAGUUCUGGUCCAGAAACGUUUCUUAAAUUGACAAAGAACAUUUCCUCCAAAAUGAAAGAAGUCGGUCUUUACAGAAGUUCUUAGCCGUUAAAACGUGUUUUAGUAAAUUGGAGAAGUUGGAGCUGGGACUGGGUCCAGUUAACGAGCUAACGAGCUCCAGAACACUCAACAGAAACUCAGCGCAUCCAUUUCAAGAUCCUCCUCACAUUCAAAGCCCUUCAUAAUGUGGCCCCUCCAUACCCGGCCCACCCACUCCGUCACUACGCUCCUCGUCCCUCCGAGGCCCCCUCUCCCCCUGUAGGACCAAGCUGCGAGCCUGGGGAGGCGGAGCCUUCUCCAUCUCUGCCCCACAGCUUCGUGUCUCCCAUCUCCACUUUUAAGAAAGAACUCAAAA